AUUGUUCGGGCACACUGGAUAUUGCGCCGCUUGCUCUAAAGUCAUACCAGCCUUCGAAAUGGUCAUGAGAGCAAGGAACAACGUGUAUCACUUAGAAUGCUUUGCUUGCCAACAAUGCAACCACAGUACCACCGUGGUUAGCAAAGUGCCCACGCCUCAGGCCGCGGACAAGCCUCAAUGGUUGAUUCCCGACUCCCAGACAGAGAAACUAAUAGCGCCGGGUGUCGUCUUGCACGGCACCUCUUCCGUAGAUUCAGGCCCGUUCCUCCGUCCCCAAGAACCCGUUGACCGCACUGCGAGGGGGUGCCUGGAGAAGCCUCCUAUACUAAUACUCGCAAAGAUGGUCGAUGCUUGGAUUAACGCGGACGCUUUGCCCAGCCGCG